ACUUGGCGGCGCCCCGAGCCGGGCGAGCCGGGGCGCGCCUCCCCCGCCGCGCGCCUCCUGCAUGCGGGGCCCGAGCCCCGGGCGCCGGCCGGAGCCCCCCCCGGCCGCCCCCGCGCCCCGCGCCGCGCCGCCGCGCCGUCCAUGCACCGCUUGAUGGGGGUCAACAGCACCGCCGCCGCCGCCGCCGCCGGGCAGCCCAAUGUCUCCUGCACGUGCAACUGCAAGCGCUCUUUGUUCCAGAGCAUGGAGAUCACGGAGCUGGAGUUCGUGCAGAUCCUGGUCAUCGUGGUGGUGAUGAUGGUGAUGGUGGUGGUGAUCACCUGCCUGCUCAGCCACUACAAGCUGUCGGCGCGCUCCUUUAUCACCCGGCACAGCCAGGGCCGCAGGCGGGACGACGGCCUCUCCUCGGAAGGGUGCCUGUGGCCCUCGGAGAGCACGGUGUCAGCUGGAGGAAUCCCAGAGCCGCAGGUCUAUGCCCCACCUCGGCCCGCUGACCGCCUGACCGUGCCGCCCUUCGCCCCCCGGGACCGCUUCCACCGCUUCCAGCCCACCUACCCCUACCUGCAGCACGAGAUCGACCUGCCGCCCACCAUCUCACUGUCUGACGGAGAGGAGCCCCCGCCCUACCAGGGCCCCUGCACCCUCCAGCUGCGGGACCCUGAGCAGCAGCUGGAGCUGAACCGGGAGUCGGUGCGUGCCCCCCCCAACAGAACCAUCUUCGACAGUGACCUGAUGGACAGCGCCGUGCUGGGCGGCCCCUGUCCCCCCAGCAGUAACUCGGGCAUCAGCACCACGUGCUACGGCAGCGGCGGGCGCAUGGAGGGGCCGCCCCCCACCUACAGCGAGGUCAUCGGUCACUACCCCGGGCCCUCCUUUCAGCACCAGCAGAGCCACGGGCCGCCUUCCCUGCUGGAGGGGACCCGGCUCCAGCACCCACACAUCACCCCCCUGGAGAGCAAAGAGAAGGAGAAACAGAAAGGACACCCCCUCUAGGAGCCGGGGGUGGCCAGGGCCACUGUGGGUAAGAAGGCAAACACUCCGCACUUCCUAGAAGAGAAGAGAGGAGACCAGGGCGACACACGGGAACCGCAGCGUGUGACACCCCCACCUCUCCGUGUAUAAAUAUUUACGUGUUAUGUGUGGUCUGAAUGCACAAGCUCAGAAAGCUUGCAAAAAACAAAACAAAAAAAAAUUCCACGUUUCUUUGUUGAGCCGUGUCUUGAAGGCAAAAGAAAAAAACCUACAGUAGUCUUUUUUUUUUUUGUUCUAGUUGAGCUGCGUGCGUGAAUGCUUAAUUUUCUUUUGUUUAUGAUGAUUUCACUUAACUUUAAAGACAUAUUUGCACAAAACCUUUGUUUAAAGAUCUGCAAUAUUAUAUAUAUAAAUAUAUAUAAAAUGAGAGAAAACUAUGUGCGAGGGCAGGAGUAUUUUUGUAUUAGAAGAGGCUUAUUAAAAAAAAAAGUUGUUUUCUGAACUAGAAGAGGAAAAAAAUGGCAGUUUUUGAGUGCCAGCUCAGAAAGUGUGUAUUACCUUGUAAAGAAAAAAAAAAAAAUUCAAAGCAGGGGUUUAGAGUUAUUUAUAUAAAUGUUGAGAUUUUGCACUAUUUUUUAAUAUAAAUAUGUCAGUGCUUGUUCGAUGGAAACUUCGUCAUGUCUGUCGAGAGUUGGAGGGGGAAGGUCUGAGUUGGAGAGUGGAGGUCAGGCCCCAGCCCCGCCCCCGCAGCGCACUGCCUACGUCCAGUGUAGGUGGACACUGUGCUGUCCGUUUCCUGCCAAAGGGGGGACACGUGUUUUCCCUCUGGGCCAGAAUCGCUUUUGGGAUUCAAUCCAAAGUUACCCAGAGGCACCAGGGUCCAGGUGGUGGUUUUGCCUUUCCCAAAAUGAAAUAAACCGUUACCGAAGGAAUCUUAGCUUUGCUUCCUGUUCCGAGCUGCGGAGGUCCCCGUGGGAAGGGGCGCAGCCCCUUGCAAGCCGCAGCAGUCCCUGUCCUUGGCGCCCAGGGCAGGCCGAGGGUCAGGUGCCAUGUGGGUGCUGAAAGCUUUGGGCUGGCGCAGUCGCCCAGCGUACAGGAAGGACCCGGGUAUUAGCAACCUGACCUCAUCCCGAGGCCUUGGCCAUCUCGAUUUUCACAACUAACAGAUGACCCGAGGUGAAAGGUGAUGAGCCCCGGUUUCUUCCGGGAUGUGUGAUCCACGUGUUAGUAAAGAAAAAGACAAAACUCAAACCAGCAUACACCCGAGCGCCAGGCUCUCGCAGAAAUCCUUACCCUCUCCUGCCCCUCGUCCUCCCUGUCGUCUGGGACACAGCUGUCUGUCGUGUGUCUGUCUGUGAUUCCAGGGUCGUUUUGUGUGCCAGGCUUUUGCUGAUUGGGUUUGAGAUGCCUGGCCCCCGUGUGGCGGUGGCAGUGUGGCAGGGCAGAAGCAGGCACACUUAACUAGAGGUGAUCACGGUCUCUGUCUUGUCUCGGGGUGGGGAUGGCCCUGGGUCCCACCUCGCUCUGGGGUCCAGCGGCCCCCUCUGUGUCCUGGGGGUUACUGCUUUUGAGACAUCCCUGUCACCCUCGUGCUUCCCCACGGCGGAUGCCCCCUGCUCAGGGAGGUCACCCCUCCGGUCCUGGCAUCCUUUUUGUGCGUAAUUCCCACUUGAGUUGAAAACCUAGAAAAUGGACCCCAUUUGCACACGUGGCGUCAGCCACAACUUGGGCUGAAGUCUCCUGUCCUGGAGCCAGACGCCUGUGCUCUGCGGGGUGUGGUCUGUGUGUGCUGGAGUGGGGGUGUCCUUGGCAGCAUGAAUUGCUCUGCUUGUCCCCAGCGUAGGCCUCUAGGGUUCCCAGGCUCAUGCCUCACUGACACUGCCCGGGCUUGGGGAAGUGGGGUGCAUCCCCAGGAGUCAGCUGGGGGGUUCCAGCUCUCAAAGCUGCCAGUGGAGCUGAGCUCUUGGCUUCUGCAGACCCCAUUUCUCCCCUAGGUGUAGGCUGAGUGUCCUUACCCUCGAAGUGUCCAUCAGGAGCCCCUGCCUCUCCAAAGACAGGAAGUUAGUGGGGAUGCUGAGUGUCUGGCUGGAGGAAGACCAGAUUGACUGGGGGGCUCUGUUGCCCCAUCCUGGGCUCAGAAGACCGAGGGACGUGGCUCUCCCCAUCCUACCCUUUGUUCUCUGCCUGUCGACCCCCACAUUUCCUGCAGAGAAAAGUCCCUGCCUCUGCAAACCCGGGUCUAGAAACAGACUUAGCGAAUCGCACUGAGAGCCAGGCAUCUUGCAGAAGCCCAGCAUUUUUUGGCAAAAAGCUGGACAUGACCCCUUUGACCACGUGGGGUAAGGCACAAACCACAACCAUGUCCCUGUCCUCGUCUGUUCUGUCCCUGUGUGUUGUAUGUUUCAGAUUAUUAUUAUUUUUUCCUAUGUACAACACAGCUCCCAGAACCAUGAAGCCCCAGUGAUGGGGAAAGGAGACGCGUGGGGUUUGUCGUGUUCUCUGGACACUGCGCUCGGGGCGACGCUCUGCUCGGAGCUCCGAAGGCCAGCGCCGCCUUCCCGUCCUGCUGCCUGACUGCGGCUGUCUGUCUGUCGUGCUGACCGCCAUGCUUGCAUGUUGCCUCCGGGGCGUUAGAACUCUUCCCCCGCCGCCCUGUGUCCCCGUUCUGUUCAAGUUAAACUCUGUUAGCUCCCCGCGCUCGCCAGGCGCAGCACCCGGGCUGCUGCCGUGAAGACUUUGUGUCUGGAAACUCAUCCGCAGGCCUGAAGAAAUUGCUUGUUGUGUAUCAGUAAUCAUUAGUGGCAAUGAUGACAUUUUGAAAAGCUGCAAUACUUAUACAAUAAAUUUUACAAUUCUUUGGAACAA